UUAUACUUUCAAAGAAUCUCCUUUUUUCUUCAUCUCAAUAUCUUAACCAAGAAACUAUCUUGAAGCCUAAAAGAUGGCUACCUUCUUUGGGUCUCCACCAUUUCUUUCCCAUCCGUUAACAAGAACUAACUUUUCUUCGUCAUCACAAACACCUCCGCCUCCCACCCCACCUAUCCCACCCUCGCAGCCAAAUCCAUCUCCACAGCUAAGCAGCAGUUCAUCUGAGCAACCGCAGCUACCAGCCUCGGUUAGAGUGCAACAGCAGAAGCCUGCUAAACCUGCUGGCAAUUCUGCUACCAAAGUUGAAACCACUGACUGGAUAGCUUCCACAUUAACUAGGCGGUUCGGCCUUGGUGCUGGCCUAGCAUGGGCAGCCUUUCUUGCAGUUGGUGUGGUUUCAGAACAAAUCAAGACCCGCAUCGAAGUCUCCCAACAAGAAGCAAAUACAAGAAAUGUUGGUAAAGAGGAAGAGGUAGCAUUACCUAAUGGCAUAAGGUACUAUGAGUUGAGAGUAGGUGGCGGGGCUUCUCCAAAGACAGGGGACUUAGUGGUGAUUGAUCUCAAGGGGAAAAUUGAAGGCAGUGGAGAAGUGUUUGUGGACACAUUUGGCGGUGACAGGAAACCAUUGGCUUUAGUAAUGGGGUCAAGGCCUUAUAGCAAGGGAAUGUGUGAAGGGGUAGAAUAUGUACUGAGAUCAGUGAAGGCUGGAGGCAAAAGGAGAGUUAUAGUCCCUCCUAAUUUAGGUUUUAGAGAGAAUGGUGCAGAUUUAGGCACCGGUGUGCAGAUUCCACCAUUUGCAACUCUUGAGUAUAUUGUUGAGGUUGAGAGAGUUUCCAUUGCACCAGCUUAAAUGAUCGUGAUCCGGAGAGUGCACUCAGUUUCUGUUACAAUAUUUCAAAACAUUUCCUU